AUGGCGAAUCCUUUUCUGAUGGACGAUGAGGAUCCGCUGGAGGGUCGCGAUCCGACUCCGAACCCGUUUUUGUUCGGUGACAGCGAGCCGUCCGACGAGCCGGACAAUCCGUUCCUAGCGAGCGUACCGACGGCCAACGGGGCCCGAAAUCCCUUUGCCAUGUUCGGUGAAGCCGAUGGGGAAGCGAACACCGGCAUGCCCCUGGCACCGCCAGCCACCGGGGUCGGCGAUGUCUUCGGUUCGAUCGUCACCAGUGGCACGGACCUAUUCCUGAGCGAUCCCGUCAUCCUCCAGACCAACGGCAGCAGCGUACCGCAGGCGCAGGACGCCAGUAGUGCAAACUUCUUCCACACGACGAUCAACGAGGAGGACGAUCUGAUCAUACCGAAGCCGAGCUUGCACCUGCACCUGGGUGCGCACAACAACACCGCCCGGAUGGGGGGUGAUGCUCUGCUCGGUGCGCUCUACUCGAGCGAGGACGAGCUGCGUGGUGGUGCAUCGAUUGCACCGCACAAGCCGCCACCACCCCGUCCAAUACCGCCAUCGCACGCGACGCAACAGCUGAUCAGCUCGAUCGCCGAUCAGCUAGAUCAAACCACCACCAACCUGCUGCAGAAGAUACCGGUCACGCGUACGCCCAGUCCCGUCUCGAUGCGUGAUCUUCACUCGCCUAGCCCGACACCCGACUUUGGUGAUCUGAUGACGUCAACGGCAGCCGUUGCCACCGCUCCCGACAAUCCAUUCGCCAGUGAGCCUGCCCCGUCGGGCCCGACCAUGACACCAGGCGGACAGCAUUCGGAGCAGAGCAUACAGAAGCCACCGAGACCGAGGCCACCGCCACCGAGGCCUGCGCCGCCGGCUCGUAGUUCGCUAGCGUCGACACCAGUUGGCGCAACGCAGCCACCGGCACCGCCAGCACCACCAGCAUACCAGGAUCCGGAUCUGUUCGAUUUGUUCGGAUCCGAUCCGCGUCCCAUUGCUUCACCCAAGCCGCCAGCUCCCAAGACCAAGGAGGACAUUCUCUCGCUGUUCUCGAUGCCGGCACAACCGGUUGCGGCCGCGACUACUCCCGAGCCCAAGAAGCCCGAUCUGCUGAGUGACGAUCUGGAUGAUCUGCUCCGCGGUGGUGAUGGUACGACAGAUACGGCACCGGAUGCAGCACCGGAGGCAGCGUUUGUGCCGUACCUGAGCGAGCAACCACAACGUCCGGUGCCACCAGUACCGCAUACAGUAGCAGCAGCGCCGACGGCGACGGCAACGACGGCGGUCACGAAGAUCUUACAGGAACAGCCGCCUCCGGAACAGGCGAUAGCACUGGAUGCGGAGCUGAUGAUGGAACCAUCGCCCGAGAUUGUGUUCGAGGUGGCACCGGCUUCGGAGCCGGAGAGUGAUGCGAUGCGCUCGGAGGUUUCGUCGGAGUACAGCCCGACCGGUUCAAACCUGACGUCCGGCAACAUACCGAGCUCGGUGUCCGGUAGCAUCGUCAAUCUGCCGCUCGGGGCGGUGGCAACUAGUGACGAGCUCGAGUCGGAAACGACCGUGACCGCGACCGCGACCGCCGUACUCGAAACAACUGGUACCGAGUACGUCGAACCGGUGGUGGCUGCCAAUCCGUUCGAGAUGGAAACGGACAGCGGCCCGGCUGUCAGUGGUGUUUGUGGUGGGCUGGCGUAUGCGACCGAACUGUUCGGGGGCACGACCAACGUCACCAACAACAACACGAUGGAGGUGGAACCGCUAGAGGUUGGUGCAGGGGCAGAAGCACCAGCAGCCACCGCCUGCGCUGUUUCCGCCGAGCAGGAUGCGUUCGAUUCGUUUGCUGCAAAGUUCGAGAGCCGCAGUCAACCGUCUGGUCCUGGUGGGACCGCUCCUGGGCAACCGAUAAUACCCUCGGUUGGUAACAUUUUCCUGCAGGACGACGGUGGCGUCAGUGGUGCCGAUGCUUGGGGUACCGAUGGUAUAGGUGGUGGUGAUGGUGGUGGUGCCGAUGGAUUCGGUAACGAUGAUGGUUUCGAUGAUAUGUUCCUGUCCAUGCAAGCACCGCCGAAGGCAGAGCACGAUUCGGAUGAGGACCGCGAGUUUUCUGUCGUCAUAAGGCCGAAGAAUGGGCUGGAGGUGGGCUUCUCGGCGCCGGCCCUUGCACCACCGCCCAAAAGCCCACUGACCGCCUCCAUCUACUCGGGCGACUCGUCGCCGCGCGUCAACCCGUUCGACCGGCCCGACGACGAGGACGAGGGUGAAGGUGAAGCGAUUCCGGUCAGCAUGCCAGACAAGCCGCAGCUCGAGCGCACCGAUUCGCAGGAGACCCCGCCGACACCGCUGUUCGACGAGGACGUGUCGCAGCCGCUGGAGGACUUCCCGCGCGUCAGUCACCACGGUGACGGCUGGGAGAUGCAGCUGCGCCAGCCGAACAAGAAGAAGAUCACGGGACAGCGGUUCUGGAAGAAAAUCUACGUACGGCUGGUGUGCCAGGGCGACAGCCCGGUGCUGCAGCUCUACAAUGCGGCGAACGACAAGGAACCAUUCCAGGAGCUGCCGCUGCAGGCGUGCUACUCGGUGUCGGAGAUCGGUGCCCAGCAGUUCGACAACUUCGGCAAGAUCUUCACCGUGAAGCUGCAGUACGUGUUCUACAAGGAGCGGCCGGGGGUAAGACCGGGCCAGGUAACCAAGGCCGAGCGACUGACCAACAAGCUGAGCCAGUUCGCGGCGUACGCGAUACAGGGUGACUACCAGGGCGUGAAGGAGCUCGGCAGCGACCUGAAGAAGCUCGGGCUGCCGGUGGAACAUGCGCCGCAGGUGUCGCAGCUGUUCAAGCUCGGCUCGAUGAACUACGAGGACAUGAAGCAGUUCUCGGUCUGCAUCGAGGAGGCACUAUUCAAGAUGAACGUUCACCGGGACCGAGCACUCACGUACAAGACUGAGGAGGUACAGGUGACGGCGGUGGACGAGCUGUACGUGGAGCAAGAUGCCGAGGGUCACGUGCUCAAGCAGAUUGCCCGCGUCCGCCUCUUCUUCUUGGCCUUCCUCACUGGCAUGCCGGACAUCGAGCUCGGCGUGAAUGAUCUGUGGCGCCAGGGCAAGGAGGUGGUCGGCCGGCACGAUAUCAUCCCGGUGGUGACGGAGGAGUGGAUACGGCUGGAGGGAGUCGAGUUUCACAACUGCGUGCAGCAGGACGAGUACGAGCGGAGCCGGACGAUAAAGUUCAAGCCGCCGGACGCCUGCUACAUCGAGCUGAUGCGGUUUCGCAUUCGACCACCGAAGAAUCGCGAGCUUCCGCUCCAGCUCAAGGCGACCUGGUGCGUCACCGGCAACAAGGUGGAGCUGCGGGCCGACGUCCUCGUGCCCGGCUUCGCGUCCCGCAAGCUCGGCCAGAUCCCGUGCGAGGACGUCUCGAUACGCUUCCCGAUACCCGAGUGCUGGAUCUAUCUGUUUCGUGUGGAGAAACACUUCCGGUAUGGCUCGGUGAAGUCCGCUCACCGGCGCACUGGCAAGAUCAAAGGCAUCGAGCGCAUUCUGGGCGCGGUGGACACGCUGCAGGAGUCGCUGAUCGAGGUGACAUCCGGGCAGGCCAAGUACGAGCAUCAUCACCGAGCGAUCGUGUGGCGCUGCCCGCGCCUACCGAAGGAGGGCCAGGGUGCGUACACUACGCACCAGCUGGUGUGCCGUAUGGCACUGACCAGCUUCGACCAGAUCCCGGACCAGCUGGCCCCGUACGCGUACAUCGAGUUCACGAUGCCUGCGACGCAAGCCUCCCACACAACCGUGCGCUCGGUUAGCGUUCAGGACUCCGAGAGCGAUGAGCCGCCGGAAAAGUACGUUCGCUACCUGGCACGCCACGAGUACCGCGUUGGCAUUGAGCAUACGACGGGCGAAUCGAUGAAUCCGUACCUGGCGGCGACGACCGUCGCGAAGCAGCCGCCGCCGAUUCAGGAGGAGCAACCGAUGGCCACCACACCGAUCGCUCCGAGUGAUUCGGACUCCGAUUCGAACUAAAGCCCUGUUCCAGGAGCAUCAGCACUCGAGCAAUAGCGUUGCCAGCGUUCAACCCUACAGCUAUGCGCUAUUGUGAGGCUCCACAGACUGGGAGAGACUGUCCUGCUCUAGAUCCACUAAUCCAAGCACUAAAACACGCAGAAGUAAAACGAAGAAAAAAAACAAACGGCAAGCGCGCGGCUAGAGUUACGAUACCAAAUUGCAGCGCGCGGAAGCAUUUACACCUAAACACAAUAUAUGUACGCCCAUAGUAGACUACCCAGUAUGCCAGUAAUAUUUAACCGUACUUGUAUAAAAGUCCUGCAUCUAUAUACAUAUAGAAUGGUCUAUGUAUAAAAAUAGAAACGCCAACAAACAACACGCAACCAAUAUCAUACACGAACACAAAACCAAACCUAUCUUCUGUUGAUACGCGUACUCCAACUCGUAAGUGCGCGCGAGAAAGAGAAAAAGAAAGAAAGAGAGAGAGACAGGAGAAAGCGAUAAAGAGCGAUAGAGAGAGAGAGAAAGAGAGAGAGAGAGAGAGAGAGAGAAAAGAAAGAGAGAAUGGUGAGGGCACUGGGUACAAGCGUAUGUACUUGUUGUUGCAUCCCGCUGCAGGCUUUGCGUUUAAGGAUCUUCGCCGCGUUCGAUGUUGGGUGCCUGAGAGCCGUGUCGCCUUCCUUGACCCUCCCACCAGUCAGUCAGUGAGCCAUCGUUACCGCUUACUGCGCAUCCUCAAUCCGGUGUAGUUGUUUUGUCCCAAGCAUUGCCAUCUGCGCAAUGGAGCGUGUUUGUGUUUUUUGUUUCCCGAGCACCAGCAUGGGUUGAUCCGCUGCGUAUGUCUAUUUCCUAUAGCCAAUAAUGUAGCUAGUAAGCUAGUGCAACGCCUGUUCCUGCUGUGCGCAGGCGCCAACUUGAAGCGAGCGCAAAUCAUCCCGCUUCCAAGACGGGUUGUGGGUGGGAGGUACGACAAUACUCAUCGUUAGCGCACGGAUAAGAAAAAGUGACCUAACGGAACUCACGAAAUCACGAAUGAUCUUUCCUUCCCCCACCCGUGGGUGGGAUGAAGAGAGUAUCCAUUCAAAUGAGCUGUUACUUUAUCCUGGAAGCCUGGAACUGUUUAUUACAAAAAAAUCCAAAUGUCCACAUGCCACUUUGUUGCUUAAAGCGCGUUAGUCAGUUCAGCAAGCAUUUAUGAGGGUUAGACCGUUUCUAGACCGUUUCUACACUGCGCCAAAAUUUUUGCUGCCAAAACGAAACUUAUUGGA